AUGGAACGUCGACCAUACUGGCAUGACGCGUCCGGGGUCGCCGGCAACACAGCCAGUGCCGCGCCGUGGGCGGUCGACUACACUCUCCAAGCAGCCACGCUGAGUAUCGCCGAGGACAUCGACCACGAAGGCAUCGGCUACAAGUACAACUUUGUACGCUUCCUCUCUGCCAGCGGACCGGACCUCCGCUCACCUGGCACCCACAGCAGCGCCCAACCGAUCCAUCGACGCAUAGCGGUCGAUUCCUUCGUCGGCCGCAGCGGUCACGCGCGCUACGAGCACGGCCGUCUCUUCCGCGCCGUGUUCGUCAACCUGCACGCGUGGCUCGCGUCGCCCACCGGGGCGCGCCCGAGCGUCCACAUUGACCUCGGCUUCGUGCGCGGCGCGGGCGUGGCGGGGGACGCGCGGCUCGUCAUCGGGCACGCGGACGACACCGAGGGCCUGACGUGGGCGGGGCAGAGCUACGAAGACAGCGGGGACGUGUCGCCGACGGGGCGGAUGGUAGACGAAGAGGUCGUGCUGAGCGAGGGGUUGGAUUUGCGCUCGACAGAGGCGGCCUCGUUGUUGUUCUGA